UUAUUUUUACAUAAACCAAACAAGUGCUUAUCUUAGCCAAGGAAAAUUCUUCAACUACACUGCAUGGCAAGGGAAAAUGCUACCUUUGAAUGAAAAAUUGAAGUCCUUGUUCUUCUUGAAAGGAUGGAAUUUGAACCAUCUCAAACAGAUCACCUGCGUUGUGAUCACUUGUGGCCUCUCACAUCAACAUCACAGUUCCUUUUUCAGCAAACUACUCCGCCUUUCCUUACUUCUUCCUUCAUUCCCAUCUUCUUAUGCUUAUUCUCUCUUCGGUCACAUCAGAAACCCCACUAUACAUACAUGGAACGUCAUCUUCAAAGGCUUUUCUAAUACUUCACAUCCUCAAAAGUCUAUUACUUUCUAUAUGCAAAUGCGCCAAGAUGGGGUUUUUCCUAAUAAACAUACCUUUCCUUUGCUUCUAAGAGCCUUUUCUAGAGCCAAGAAUGAAAACCCACAUCUACUUUUAGCUCAAAUAUUGAAGUUUGGUUUCAUUUCUGACCAGUUUGUGCAGAAUUCUUUGGUUUCUUGUUUUGCCAGCAGUGGGCACGUGGCCAUUGCACGCCAAGUGUUCGAUGAAAUUACGCAAAAGGAUGUGCUUUCUUAUACUGCAUUGAUUGAUGGGUAUGCCAGGAAUGCUCUGCCAGUUAAAGCAUUGGAACUUUUUAUGGAGAUGAGAGAAGCAGAAGUUAAGGUGGAUGAAGUGGCUGUUGUAGCAGCUCUUUCUCCUGCUGGAACAUUGAGAUGUGUUUGGUUUGGGAGAUGUCUUCAUGCUUUCUAUGUGGAGGCUGGGAGGGUUUCUAGGGAUGUUUACAUUGGUAGUGCUCUUGUUGAUAUGUAUGCUAAAUGCGGGUUUUGGGAUGAUGCCUUGAAAGUUUUUGAAGACAUGCCUUACAAGAAUCUUAUUUCUUGGAGUGCUAUGAUUGCUGCUUGUGUAAAUUGCAAUAGAUUUAAGGAAGCACUCUGUGUUUUCGAAGAGAUGCUGUCCGGAAAGGUUGUGCCCAAUCAAGUAACAUUGACAAGCGUGCUCAGUGCAUCUACUAGGCUUGGAGCACUGGAGCAAGGAAGAUGGAUUGCUAAUUAUAUAAAAGAACACAACAUAAAGUUUAAUACAGCACUUGGCACUGCUUUGAUAGAUAUGUAUGCAAAGUGUGGGUGCAUUGAAGAGGCAUUGUUGGUUUUUGAGAAGUUGCCAAAUAAAGAUGUUUAUGUAUGGACUGCUAUGAUCAAUGGCUUGGCAACACAUGGUGAUGCUGAAAAAUCCUUGGCCUUCUUCUUAGAAAUGUUGAGAGAUGGUUUAAGGCCCAAUGAAGUAACCUUCAUUGGCAUUCUCAGUGCUUGUUCUCAUGGAGGACUCGUGGAUGAAGGACGACGGUUGUUCUCAUUAAUGGACCAAGUUUAUGGUGUAAAACCUAAUUUAGAUCAUUAUGGCUGUAUGGUCGAUCUUCUGGGCCGGGCAGGGUAUCUGGAAGAAGCUUGUAAAUUGAUUCAAGACAUGCCUAUGAAACCUACUCCUAGCAUAUGGGGCGCUCUCUUCGGUUCAUGCAUGAUUCACAAGGCUUAUGAAUUAGGUGAAUGGAUAGGAAGACAUCUAAUCGACAUACAGCCUUAUCACUGUGGCAGAUAUUCACUCUUGGCAAAUUUGUAUUCUACUUGUAAAAAUUGGGAAGGGGUCGCUCAAGUUAGGAAAAUGAUGAAAGAGAUGGGUGUGGAGAAGACCCGGGGGUGUAGUUGGAUCGAAUUGAACGGGGAAGUGCAUGAGUUUAUUGCCUUUGAUGGUUCACAUGCUAAGUCUGAAUAUGUUUACACCAUUUUGGAUAACCUAGUCAGUCAACUACGGCACAUUACCAUUUCUCCAUGUGCUGAUUCUUUAGUUCUUGAGAGUAGCUGUAAGUAACCAGAGUUUAGGAUUUGCUCAUUGGCAAGGAAAAGUAUGCCUUAGAGCCUUGUGACGACACUGAAGCACCCACUAAGCGAGGCGAAGCACUCAACAUGUCUUGCACCUUGCUCCUGGGCUUAAGUGCGCCUUUGACAACACUGCAGUUCGCUUACAAAUUACAAGUUGCUGUCACAUCUUAGCUAGUUUAAGGAUAAUCUUGGCAUCCUUGCAAAAUCUGAAAGGCUUCUUUGAGGAUGACAUCACCAUUUUGGUGUCUCUUGACUAACAUGGAUCCUUACUAACUUUGGUAGAGCUCCUGCCUGUUAAUAGUUUAUCUGAAAUUCCCUACACGGUUCAGAUGUUGGUUUUUUAAAUGCGUGGAAAGGAGUAAUAGAUACCUCAACAUCAGAAGAUUGUCCCAAGAUUUAGUCUGAAACUUAAGUAUUAGCCCUUUUCGCAGCAUACAGCAGCUUUAGGUUAUUUCAUCCUUAUGAAUUUUGGCACUGGCCCUAUCUCCUCUAUUUACUUUUAUUACCCAUGAUGCCAUUCUCAUAGAUCACUGCAUCCUUAGCCUUAUGAUCCACAAUUACUCUCUAAUUGGAGAUGUGACUUGACAAAUUUUCAGCUUCAUCUUUAUUCAUUGUUCCAAGUUUUGCCAGCAAGUCUGUACUGUUGAACAUCAAUGUAGACUUGAAAAGUGUAUGCAAUCCCUCUAAUUGAAGCUUUUUAAUAAGUUGGCUCCUCAGAAUAAAAUCUUUACAUCAUUUGGACUUCUAGAAAACUAUAUCAGCACAAAUAAGAGGGCAGGCUCAAUUCUUCAUCUUUUGGGUUUAUGCCAUUCAAGGAAACCUUGAGAUAAUUUAUCGUUCAGUGUUAUCAAAGGCAUGCUUGAAGCGCGCUUAAGCCCUAAAGCGAGACAUAAAACAUGUUGAGCGCUUCGCCUCGCUAGCGGGCGCCUUAGUGUUGUCAUCAAGACUCUCUAACAUACUUUUCCUUGCCAAUGAGCAUAAUCCUGAAGAGGCGACACAAAAUAAUUGAUAUUUUACUUUACCAUAAAAAAAAAUUCAAUUUCUCUGUCCAGAUAUUUGUUAUUCAUGCUUAUAAUUAUUAGUCUUGGACUACACAUACAUAUUAUUUUUUUCAUCAUUAAAACCUACACUUUAAUUGCGCUGUAUGCUUAAAAUUCCAACUGAUCUUAGAGUUUUUUGCGCUUUUCGCCUUUGAUAACACUGUUAUAGUUUGAUAUAUAGGCUAAGUGAAGCAUGCCAUACCCUCUUUUUUACACCCUCAUUCCUCGUAAAUGUCUGAAUGUGGGUUCCCAUCUGAUUCUUCUUACAAUGACCAUGUGAGAAGAACCCUAUUGAAAAGGAUCCUCACCUCCAACCAAGAGGUUGAGUGUCAGUCACUAAGUGAUAAAAGGUCUCUAUUGACUACUGGACGGGGGUUUCAGGAAUGUGGCUUACCACAUAAAAAUUAUUGUGGGUUCUGUUGCUUCUGUAUUAGGCCGAAAGGACAAAGCUCUCUGACAUGGUUCUGGUAGAGGGUAGAUUUGUUGUAGCUUCUAGAAACCAUGAAUGGUGGUUUCCAAAAGAUGCCACUUGGUUUGAUAGGAUUUGAAGUCUUCGAUGGGGCUGAUCUUACUAGGUUCUAUACUCACACAUACCUUGUUUUUAUUCCUCCUGAAGUUGAAUCGCCUUAUAAUUUUUCUCAGCUCAGCCCCAUUAGUCUGAGUAACAAUUCUAACAGGAUUAUAUCCAGGAUCCUAUCAACAGACUGGCUAUUCUUCUUCCUAAACUUAUUUCAGUGAAUCAAUCAGGUUUUCUUAAGGGCAGUCUAAUUAGCGAGGAUAUUUUAUUGGCUCAGAGAUAGUCCAUGGAAUCAAAGGAGAGAAUUAUGGAGGUAAUGUUUUCAUGAAGCUUCUUGAUAUGUCCAUAGCUUAUCACAAAGUAUCUUGGAUUUUCUUAACUAGGUUCUCCAGAGGUUUGGAUUACUGACAUUAUCUGCAGAUUCAUCUCAAAUGUAUGGUACUCUAAUUUUUAACAGGACCAGGAAAGGAUUUUUUUCAUUCUUCAAGGGCACUCAAGCAGGGCUAUCUUCCCUGCACUUUUCAUCUCAGGUGCAGAGGUGCUUUCUAAAAUGCUAAGUCAGCUCUAUGGAGAUGAAGAAUGCAUUGGUUUUACAAUGCAGCGGAAAGGACCACAAUUAAAUCAUUUGUGCUAUGCAAAAUGUUGUGAUUGUCAUCACCUCUCGAGGAAAAAGAUUCACUUGCUUGCUUUUGAAGCAGUUGAGGCAUUAUGAAGACAUGUUAGGAGAUGAAUCAACAGAGAGAAAAGCUUCUUUCUCACCCAUGUACACACAGAUCAAAGGACAAGGGAUGGAAUCAAAAGAUGGAUUGGUUUUCAGCAUCAAAAGUUUCCACUACAGUACUUGUGGUGUCCUAUCUGUAAUGGCAGAAAAAGGUUGAAUUAUUUUGCUCGGGGUUGGCAAAGUUACUUACACCAGGUGGUAGGGCGGUGAUUAUAAUAGUUUUGCAAUCUCAAACCUUACACCUAUUUGCAGCUAUUACUCCGUCUAAAAUCAUAAUCAGGCUAGUUAUACUUUGCUAUCUUCUUUUGGGGCCAAAAGGAAUGGAAAGUAAAUUAUCAUUGGAGUUCUUGGCUGAACCUCUGUUUUCCUACAAAUGAGGGAGGGUUGGGAUUUAAGAGGCUGGAGGAAAUUUGUAAAUCUGUUGAAACGAAAUGGUGGUGGAGAAUGAGGACUCAAAAGAACUCGUGGUCUGAAUUCCUAAUUGCAAAAUAUUUCCGGAGAAGUCAUCUAGUGUCAAUUUGUUGGCACUCUGGGAAAUCUUAUAUCUGGAAACACUUGAUGGCGAUCAAGUACCACACUGAACCAAAUUUGAUAUGGAGAACUGUGCUGGAAAUAGUAAUUCACCGCGGGACAAGUGGACAGGUUUGGGGCGAAAAAUUACAGUGUAUUUUCAAAGUUAAAAUUAUUUUGUUAUGUAUAUAUAGUAGAUGUUGAACCCCCUGACUUCUUCGUGUAUUUACCUUUUAGAAUUUUUGAACCCCCUGGAUGAAAAUCCUGGCUCCGCCACUGGUGCCAGAAUCAUAUAUAGCUGCAGAAGACCAGGUGCAGUUGUAAAUAUGGUCAGAAAAGUAUAACUUUUACAUGUGCUAUUGAUUCUGUGGAAUUUGGAUCUUGUUUUAACGUGAAUUAUCCUUGGUACAGAAUCUGUUAGAUGGUUGAAGUUUACAAGCCUGUUCUCGCCCGCAGGAUUGUCUUUUUUUUUUUUCCUCAAUUAGGAUGGGCAUUCAGAAAAUGUCAGUGAAUAUCUAACAAAAGAAGUUUUCAGUUUAGGAUUUGUAUGGUUUUAGAUAUAUGUGAAUGAUUGAGCAAAUAUGAUAUUCGUAUUUUUGUUGUUA